AUGACCAAGGCUUGUAGCAAUAUCCUCACGAGCAAAAUUCCAACAAAAAUGAAGGACCCUGGAAGCUUCAUGAUACCUGUUUCCAUUGGAGGACAUAAAAUUAGGCUUGCAUUAUGUGAUCUAGGAGCCAACAUCAAUCUGAUACCUUUAUCCAUCUAUAACAAGUUGGGUAUAGGAGAAGCGAGGCCUACGACGGUGACAUUGCAACUUGCGGACUGGUCCAUUACGCAUCCGGARCGAAAAUUUGAAGCUGUCUUGGUACAAGUUGAUAAAUUCAUUUUCCAUGCUGACUUUAUUAUUUUGGAUUAUGAGGCAUAUAAGAAGGUCUCAAUCAUCCUUGGGAGGUCAUUUCUUGCAACGGGGAGAGCGUUGGUAGACGUGCACAAAGGAUAG